GUGCAGCCUGCGGCUCCCCCGUGCACUCACUCACUCACUCACACGCUGGCGGCGGCGGCGGCCACUGGCUUCACCCGCAGCCCCGGACUCGCCCCGUGCCCGGCCUCUCCCGCUGCCUUGGGGUUUGAACUGGUAAACACACUGGCCUCUUAAAGGACAUGAUUCAGACUGUCCCAGAUCCAGCAGCUCAUAUCAAGGAAGCAUUAUCAGUAGUAAGCGAAGACCAGUCCUUGUUUGAGUGUGCCUACGGAACGCCACACCUUACUAAGACAGAGAUGACUGCCUCCUCUUCCAGCGAAUAUGGGCAGACAUCAAAGAUGAGUCCGCGUGUCCCCCAGCAAGACUGGUUAUCACAACCACCAGCUAGAGUCACCAUCAAGAUGGAAUGUAACCCAAAUCAGAUUAAUGGGUCAAGGAAUUCCCCUGAUGACUGCAGCGUGGCAAAAGGAGGGAAGAUGGUCAGUGGCUCAGACAAUGUCGGGAUGAACUAUGGAAGCUAUAUGGAAGAGAAACAUGUUCCACCACCAAACAUGACAACUAAUGAACGAAGAGUGAUUGUUCCAGCAGAUCCUACAUUAUGGAGUACCGACCAUGUACGUCAGUGGUUGGAAUGGGCCGUCAAGGAAUAUGGUCUUCCAGACGUUGACAUCUUGUUGUUCCAGAACAUUGAUGGGAAAGAACUGUGUAAAAUGACCAAAGAUGACUUCCAGAGACUCACCCCAAGCUAUAAUGCAGAUAUCCUCCUCUCACACCUACACUACCUCAGAGAGACUCCUCUUCCACAUUUGACUUCAGAUGAUGUUGAUAAGGCCUUACAAAACUCUCCACGGUUAAUGCAUGCUAGAAACACAGGGGGUGCAGCUUUUAUUUUCCCAAAUACUUCAGUUUAUCCAGAAGCAACACAAAGAAUUACAACCAGGCCAGAUUUAUCGUAUGAACAAGCCAGAAGGUCUGCAUGGACAAGUCAUAGUCACCCUGCUCCUCAAUCAAAAGCUACCCAACCAUCAUCAUCAACAGUGCCCAAAACAGAAGACCAGCGACCUCAGUUAGAUCCAUAUCAGAUUCUUGGACCAACCAGCAGCCGUCUUGCAAAUCCAGGGAGUGGACAAAUACAACUGUGGCAGUUUCUGCUGGAACUCCUGUCUGAUAGCUCCAAUUCCAAUUGCAUUACCUGGGAGGGCACCAAUGGAGAGUUCAAGAUGACUGACCCCGAUGAAGUAGCCCGGCGCUGGGGAGAAAGGAAAAGCAAACCCAACAUGAACUAUGACAAACUCAGUCGUGCACUCCGUUACUACUAUGACAAAAAUAUUAUGACUAAAGUCCAUGGUAAGCGUUAUGCCUACAAGUUUGACUUCCAUGGAAUAGCUCAGGCCCUCCAGCCUCAUCCUCCAGAGUCAUCCAUGUAUAAGUAUCCAACAGACCUACCCUACAUGAGCCCCUACCAUGCACACCCUCAGAAGAUGAACUUUGUAGCUCCCCAUCCUCCUGCUUUACCUGUAACUUCCUCCAGCUUUUUUGCUGCCCCUACUACAUACUGGAAUUCACCAACUGGAAGUAUCUACCCUAAUACUAGGCUUCCAGCCACCCAUAUGCCUUCUCACCUUGGCACCUACUACUAAGUAGGAAAAAAAUAAGAGACACUUCUCCAUGGAAUAUAGUACCCAAUUAAUUAUGAUGAACUAUAUUGGAGAACAUGAAUUAAAAAUGCCUAAAGAGACAUGAAAAAGUUUGACUUGUGGGAAAAUGUCAAAAAGACUCUUUGUAGUAGGGAAAGUAUUCAAGAAGUAUAAAGAUGCUAAAAUGUAAUGUAUAUGGGCAUCGAAUCUGUGGACCAAACAACAAAAGACUGUUGUAGGUAAAAGCAUGAAAUGAUAAGGACAACCUACAAAAGAAAGUGGUCUUAAAAAGUUGAUAAGCUUCUGUGUAAAGUUUGAUAUCUUGCUAAUGCAAACUGGGACUAUACUACAGCAAUAUAAGGAUCAUUCUAUAGUGACCUAACAUACAGUAUAUGAAUUCAUUAAAAACAAAAACAAAAAAACAAAUAACCCCAAACCAAAAAAACCCACCUGUAUUUAAAAAAAUGAAAACAUAUCAAAAAGACUGGUUGAGUGUGGAAGCUGAUUUCGAAUACAACAGCAUUGUUUUUGGUUAAACUCAAAAGGCAUUCCAUUCAUUGUAAAGGUAUCAGCUAUUUCAAACUGUGAAGACAACCCAAGCUUUAAGAUUCCUUGACAAUACUACAGGAACCCUGAGCCAAACAUUGGAAUUGAGAAUGUGCUGGAAGGCAAGAGUAUGAUUGUACAUCAAGGGCCUACAUCUGAUACAGGAAGUAGAAAGGAGGAAGAGGAGGACGAAGAUGAGAAUGGGAGAAAAGAAACUUCUUUACCAGUAGAUACUGAAGAGACUGAAAACUUGGUAAUGUUGGGACUAUAAAGAAUUACUUGUUUGGAUUUGAGAAAUAUUUUGAUCAGUAUUAUACCAUUCCCAGUAUUAUAGAAGGAAUAGACUUGAUUUUUUUUUUUAAGUGGAGAAAGGGAAAAGCAGUAGAAUUCAGAAAUCAGAAUAUGCAUCUCUUUAAAAAAUGUAAAACUGGAAUUGUCUGAUAUUUAAAAGUAACAUUUAGGACCUCCUCAUUAUUAAGGGAGUUUGUUUUCUACUGGUUUAAGGUAAGAGACAGCCCCCAACUGCCAAAAUCAGAUAUCAUGUAAGUAUUUUUGUGAGGCGGGCGCCAGUUUUUCUUUUUCGAGUCGCGAACGCUGUGCGUUUGUCAGAAUGAAGUAUACAAGUCAAUGUUAUUUUUUUCCUUUUUAUAUAAUAAUUAUAUAACUUAUGCAUUUAUACACUACGAGUUGAUCUCGGCCAACCAAAGACACAAAAAAGGGACAAUCAAAAAUAUUGUGGCCUUGAAUUUUAACUCUGUAUGCUUAAUGUUUACAUUAUGAACUUAUUAGUACUUAGAAUGCAGAAUGUAUGUAAUAAAAUAAGCUUGGCCUAGCAUGGCAAUUCAGAUUUA